CUGGCCCGAUAUGAUGUUGUCACGGCUACUUUCAGCCCUUUGUUCUUUUCUCUGGCUCUCAUUUCCUCUCCUAUAAAUCAAACGAUUGAAUACGGCCCAAGAAAACGUUCCGCCAAUCCGAAUCUUCGAACCCCUGAUUAAUUAAACGCCAGAGCCAGACUGUUAGUUCCAAGUCCCAUCAUCACUCUCCUUGCUUUUUUAUUUCCAUCGUCAUUUCCUUUCCUUUCCCACAAACCCAAUCCAAGUUAUCUAUCAAAAACAUGAGCUGGUGGUGGGCUGGUGCCAUUGGCGCUGCUAAGAAGAAAUUUGAGGAAGGUGAAGCGCCGAUAAGCUUCCAGAGCGUUGGACUGGUAGUUGGAGUGACCGGCAUAGUCGGUAACAGCCUGGCCGAAAUCCUUCCAUUAACCGACACCCCCGGCGGCCCAUGGAAAGUAUACGGAGUAGCUCGUCGCCCCCGGCCCAACUGGAACGUGGACCAUCCUAUCGAGUACAUUCAGUGCGACAUAUCCGAUCCCAAGGACACCGAAUCGAAGCUCUCUCCACUCACCGACGUCACCCACAUCUUCUACGUCAGCUGGAUCAACCGAUCAUCCGAAGCCGAGAACUGCGAAAUCAACGGUUCCAUGCUCCGGAACGUUUUGCGUUCCGUGAUCCCUAACGCACCCAAUCUCCGCCAUGUCUGUCUCCAAACCGGAACCAAAAAUUACCUCGGACCGUUGGAAUUGCUGGGUAAAAUCCAACCGCACGAUCCGCCUUUCACCGAAGAUUUACCGCGGUUAAACGCUCCCAAUUUUUACUACACUCAAGAAGACAUCCUCUUCGAAGAAACCGAGAAAAAAGAAGGAUUAACCUGGUCGGUUCACCGACCCGAUGUGAUAUUCGGGUUUUCGCCUUAUAGUUUAAUGAACAUCGUUGGAACUCUUUGCGUUUACGCCGCGAUUUGUAAACACGAAGGGCAACCGUUGUGGUUUCCUGGAAUUAGAGCCGCUUGGGAAAGUUACUCUAAUGUUUCGGAUGCGGAUUUGAUUGCGGAGCAUCAGAUAUGGGCGGCGGUGGAUCCGUAUGCAAAAAACGAAGUGUUUAAUGUGAAUAAUGGGGAUGUUUUUAAGUGGAAGCAUUUGUGGAGAGCUUUGGCGGAGCAAUUUGGGAUAGAAGAAUUUGGUUUCGAGGAAGGGCAGAAUUUGGGGCUGGUUGAGAUGAUGAAAGGGAAAGAAAGAGUGUGGGAAGAGAUAGUGAAGGAGAACCAGUUGGAAGAGACGAGGUUGGAGGAGGUGGGACUUUGGUGGUUUGUUGAUUUGAUCUUAGCAGGGGAGCCGCCGCUGUCGAGUAUGAAUAAGAGUAAGGAGCAUGGAUUUUUGGGGUUUCGGAAUUCCAAGAAUUCGUUUAUUACGUGGAUUGAUAAGAUGAAGGCUUACAAGAUUGUGCCUUGAUUUACUAUUUUGUUUCCAGUUUUUGGUAACGGAGAUUAAUUUGUUAUAGUUGUUGUUGCUCUAAAGUAAGUACAUGUGAACUUGUGAGAUUUAAGCUAUUAGCGGCAAACGCUUGGACCUGUUCGAUAUGGGAAACACUUGCGUAGGCUCCAAGAGAAGUUUUUGUUGCAUUUGGGGGGAUGCUGUAAGGUUUAUUGUUUCUUUUAGCUUAUGACGCUUCGUUCUUUAUCUUGUUCGAGCCUGAAUUAUGCAAUAAAACUUCUUUAUUAGACAAAGCUUGCA